UUGCCGGGGUUUCGGGUUCUCCGGGACACGGCACGGCUCGGCUCGGCUCGGGGGGCCCGGGACCAGUGGCCGAGGAGCGGAGCACAGGCGGGAUCCUCCUCCCGGCCGGGCACCCCGGCUCGGAGGGAGCAGAAGAGCUGAUAUGGGCAAUGCACCCAUUUGCCAGGCUUGUCAUUCAGAGAAGGGCUUAAGGACACAAGGGAACAUACAGGACUUGGAUAAAACUCCUGAUUAUUAUGGAUACAACAUCGAAGAAAGUAAAGAGCCUGAAGCCCUGUCUGACAGCAAUGCAAGCUUUCUCCGAGCUGCCAGAGCUGGCAAUUUGGACAAAGUAGUGGAAUACCUGAAAAGUGGAAUAGACAUUAACACCUGUAAUCAGAAUGGGCUCAAUGCUCUGCACCUGGCAGCCAAAGAAGGCCACGUGGGACUGGUACAGGAAUUGCUGGAAAGAGGCUCGGCUGUGGAUUCUGCCACUAAGAAAGGGAAUACAGCCCUGCACAUUGCAUCCUUAGCAGGACAAGCUGAAGUUGUCAAAGUUCUGGUGAAGGAGGGAGCCAAUAUCAAUGCACAAUCUCAGAAUGGCUUUACUCCUUUGUACAUGGCAGCUCAAGAGAACCACAUUGAGGUGGUGAAAUAUCUCCUGGAGAAUGGAGCCAACCAAAGCACAGCUACCGAGGACGGUUUCACCCCUCUGGCUGUGGCACUGCAGCAGGGACACAACCAGGCGGUGGCCAUCCUGCUGGAGAACGACACCAAGGGCAAGGUGCGGCUGCCAGCGCUGCACAUCGCCGCCAGGAAGGACGACACCAAGUCGGCGGCGCUGCUGCUGCAGAACGACCACAACGCCGACGUGCAGUCCAAGAUGAUGGUGAAUAGGACGACUGAGAGCGGCUUCACCCCUCUGCACAUCGCCGCGCACUACGGCAACGUCAACGUGGCCACGCUGCUGCUGAACCGCGGAGCUGCAGUCGACUUCACAGCCAGGAAUGGAAUCACCCCACUUCAUGUGGCUUCCAAAAGGGGAAACACAAACAUGGUGAAGCUCUUGUUGGAUCGCGGAGGGCAGAUCGAUGCCAAAACCAGGGAUGGACUCACCCCACUGCACUGUGCUGCACGAAGUGGCCACGACCCAGUUGUGGAGCUGCUCCUGGAGCGAGGUGCCCCACUGCUCGCACGGACCAAGAAUGGACUCUCCCCACUCCACAUGGCAGCCCAAGGGGACCACGUGGAAUGUGUCAAGCACCUGCUGCAGCAUAAGGCUCCCGUGGACGACGUGACGCUGGACUACCUGACUGCCCUGCACGUGGCCGCUCACUGCGGCCACUACCGUGUCACCAAGCUCCUGCUGGACAAGAGAGCCAACCCCAACGCCCGUGCCCUGAAUGGUUUUACUCCACUGCACAUUGCCUGCAAGAAAAAUCGCAUCAAAGUCAUGGAACUCCUGGUGAAAUAUGGGGCUUCAAUCCAGGCUAUAACAGAGUCGGGCCUCACACCAAUACACGUGGCUGCAUUUAUGGGCCACUUGAACAUAGUCCUCCUCCUGCUGCAGAACGGAGCCUCUCCCGAUGUCACUAACAUUCGUGGAGAAACUGCAUUGCACAUGGCAGCACGUGCCGGGCAGGUGGAAGUGGUUCGCUGCCUCCUGAGGAACGGGGCCCUGGUGGAUGCCCGAGCCAGGGAAGAACAGACCCCGCUGCACAUCGCCUCUCGCCUGGGCAAGACGGAGAUCGUGCAGCUGCUGCUGCAGCACAUGGCGCACCCCGACGCCGCCACCACCAACGGCUACACGCCGCUGCACAUCUCUGCCCGCGAGGGCCAGCUCGACGUGGCCUCCGUGCUCCUCGAGGCGGGCGCCUCGCACUCCAUGUCCACCAAGAAGGGAUUCACACCGUUGCAUGUGGCAGCCAAAUAUGGGAGCCUGGAAGUGGCAAAGCUCCUGCUGCAGCGCCGUGCCUGUCCUGAUUCUGCUGGCAAGAACGGCCUCACCCCGCUGCACGUGGCGGCGCACUACGACAACCAGAAGGUGGCGCUGCUGCUGCUGGAGAAGGGCGCCUCGCCCCACGCGACCGCCAAGAAUGGAUACACCCCUCUGCACAUCGCUGCCAAGAAAAACCAGAUGCAGAUAGCUACCACUCUGUUGAACUACGGGGCUGAGACCAACAUUUUGACCAAGCAGGGAGUCACCCCACUUCAUUUGGCCUCCCAGGAAGGUCACACUGACAUGGUGACUUUGCUUUUGGAGAAAGGAUCCAACAUCCACGUGGCAACAAAGGCUGGACUGACAUCCUUACACCUUGCAGCUCAAGAGGAUAAAGUGAAUGUAGCCGAGAUACUCACCAAACAUGGUGCGAACCAGGAUGCUCAGACAAAGCUUGGUUAUACACCUUUAAUUGUGGCCUGUCACUAUGGAAACAUCAAAAUGGUGAAUUUUCUCCUCAAGCACGGAGCAAAUGUCAAUGCUAAAACAAAGAAUGGGUACACCCCUCUUCACCAGGCUGCUCAGCAGGGCCACACUCACAUCAUCAACGUUCUGCUGCAGCACGGGGCCAAGCCCAACGCCAUCACCACGAAUGGUAACACAGCCUUAGCCAUCGCCAGGCGCCUGGGAUACAUCUCUGUGGUCGAUACGCUGAAGGUUGUAACAGAGGAGAUCACCACCACCACAACUACUGUAACAGAGAAGCACAAGCUAAAUGUACCCGAGACAAUGACUGAGGUCCUGGAUGUGUCAGAUGAAGAAGCCUUUAAACACUCUGAUGAGGAGCCCUUCAGUGAUGGGGAAGCAUAUAGUGGCACGGGUGCUGUUAGCAGGAGUUCGUGGAGUGAUGACACAAUGACAGGAGAUGGAGGGGAGUACCUUAGGCCAGAAGACCUCCGGGAGCUGGGAGAUGACUCUUUGCCAAGCAGCCAGUUCUUAGAUGGAAUGAACUACCUGAGGUACAGCUUGGAAGGAGGACGCUCAGACAGCAUCAUGCCCAGCCUGCGGUCCUUCAGUUCCGACAGGUCCCACACGCUGAGCCACGCCUCCUACCUGCGCGACAGCGCCAUGAUCGACGACACCGUGGUCAUCCCCAGCCAGCAGGUAACAACUCUGGCCAAAGAAGCUGAAAGGAAUUCAUAUCGCUUAAGCUUGGGCCCUGAAAUCUUGGACAAUGUGGCUCUUUCUUCCAGCCCUAUUCAUUCAGGAUGCUCUUCUCCAUGUCUUGAUCUUGACAACAGCAGCUUCCUGGUGAGUUUCAUGGUGGACGCUCGCGGCGGCGCCAUGCGGGGCUGCCGGCACAACGGGCUGCGCAUCAUCAUCCCCCCGCGCAAGUGCACGGCGCCGACGCGCGUGACGUGCCGCCUGGUGAAGCGCCACAGGCUGGCCACCAUGCCGCCCAUGGUGGAGGGAGAAGGGCUGGCCAGCCGCCUCAUCGAAGUGGGACCCUCUGGGGCUCAGUUCCUUGGGCCCGUGAUUGUGGAGAUUCCCCAUUUUGCUGCCCUGCGUGGCAAGGAGAGAGAGCUGGUGAUCCUGCGCAGCGAGAACGGGGACAGCUGGAAGGAGCAUUUCUGUGAAUACACUGAGGAUGAACUGAACGAAAUCCUGAAUGGGAUGGAUGAAGUACUUGACACUCCAGAGGAGCUCGAGAAGAAGCGCAUCUGCCGCAUCAUCACCCGGGAUUUCCCUCAGUACUUCGCGGUGGUGUCCCGGAUCAAGCAGGACAGCAACCUCAUCGGGCCCGAGGGAGGGGUGCUGAGCAGCACCGUGGUCCCACAGGUGCAGGCAGUCUUCCCAGAAGGAGCGCUCACCAAACGAAUUCGCGUUGGCCUCCAGGCUCAACCUAUGCACACUGAACUUACAAAGAAGAUUUUGGGCAACAAGGCUACCUUCAGUCCCAUAGUCACUCUGGAGCCCAGGAGAAGGAAAUUCCACAAGCCCAUCACGAUGACGAUUCCCGUGCCCAAGGCCUCCAGCGACGGGCUCAUGAACGGCUACGGAGGCGACACGCCCACUCUAAGGUUACUAUGCAGCAUAACAGGAGGAACCACCCCUGCCCAAUGGGAAGACAUCACUGGGACAACACCACUGACAUUUGUUAAUGAAUGUGUUUCCUUCACGACAAAUGUGUCUGCCAGGUUUUGGUUGAUAGACUGUCGUCAGACACAAGAAUCUGUUACUUUUGCUUCCCAAGUGUACAGAGAAAUUAUCUGUGUCCCCUACAUGGCCAAAUUUGUGGUGUUUGCCAAAUCUCAUGAUCCCAUUGAAGCACGGUUAAGAUGUUUCUGCAUGACAGAUGACAAGGUGGAUAAAACUCUAGAACAACAAGAAAACUUUGCUGAAGUUGCCAGAAGCAGGGACGUAGAGGUGUUAGAAGGAAAACCCAUCUACGUUGACUGCUUUGGCAAUCUGGUGCCACUCACAAAGAGUGGGCAGCAUCAUAUAUUCAGUUUCUUUGCCUUCAAAGAAAAUAGACUUCCUCUGUUUGUUAAGGUCCGAGAUAGCACUCAAGAGCCCUGCGGACGAUUAUCGUUCAUGAAGGAGCCAAAAUCUACCAGAGGCCUCGUUCAUCAAGCCAUAUGUAAUUUAAACAUCACUUUACCCAUUUACACAAAGGAAUCAGAUUCAGAUCCAGAACCAGAAGAGGUUGAUAUGACUUCAGAAAAAAAUCAACAGGAUGAUCAGGAAAGGACAGAGGAAAGACUGGCCCACAUCGCGGAUCAUCUUGGAUUCAGCUGGACAGAGCUAGCAAGAGAACUGGACUUCACAGAGGAGCAAAUUCACCAGAUCCGAAUUGAAAAUCCCAAUUCUCUUCAAGACCAGAGCCAUGCACUCCUCAAAUACUGGCUUGAAAGGGAUGGGAAACAUGCAACAGAUACCAAUCUGACCCAGUGUCUGACGAAAAUCAACCGCAUGGACAUCGUUCACCUGAUGGAGACCAGCGGCAUAGACCCCGUGCAGGGCCACGGCACGCGCACGUACGCGGACACGGAGCAGUCCUUGGCACUGGACCACAGUGAAGGGUUUUCAGCACUGCAAGAGGAAGUGUGCAGCUCGAGACACAAGAAAGAACAGCAGAGACUGUCUAAGGACAGCGAGCCAACCGAGCACCCCCCUCUGGUCUCCGAGGAAGACGUGUCUGUCAGUUAUUCCCCGUUCCAGGACAGUACUCCCAGGAGUGAAGCCGAAGUGUCCAUGACUGAGCUUCUGAGGCAAGCACACAAGGAACAAGCAGAAACUGAAUUCUCAGGGAAACCCCAAGACGUGCCAGGGAAACCAUCUGCUUCACAACAGGAAUACUUCGUCACGACUCCAGGAACAGAGCAGUCCAUGGGAGCUGGAAAAGCAGCGAGCGGAAAAUCUGCGCACUCAAGCACGGCAAAGGGAGAGGUGCAGAGAGCCCCCCCACAGCCCCCGUCCCCUGUGCAGAGAGGAGACUCCCCCAUCAUCCAAGAGCCUGAGGACACCCAGCUCCACAGGGAAAGCCUCUCUCCAAGGAGAUCUAGUCUCGUGAUAGUGGAGUCCACUGAGGAGCAGAUGGAGAAGUCUGGAAGGGGCUUUGAAGAGGAAUCUUUAGAAAAGGAGUUAACAGAGGAGUUAGGUGGGCUGGAGCUCAGCUCAGACGAGGAUGAGAUGGUCACUACCAGAGUCAUUCGGCGCCGGGUGAUCAUUCAGGCUGACAGUAUGCCUGAAAUGCCACCAGAAACAGUCACAGAAGAGCAGUACACAGAUGAACAUGGCCACACGGUGGUGAAGAAGGUGACUCGGAAGAUCAUCCGGCGAUACGUUGCUCCAGAUGGCUUGGAAAAAGAGGAAGUGCUAAUGCAGGGAACACCGCAAGCGCCCAUCACUGUGGAAGAGGGAGAUGGUUAUUCCAAAGUGGUGAAGCGAGUUGUGCUGAAGAGUGACAGUGAGCACUCAGAGGUGACCCUGUCAGAACCUGCCAUUCUCUCUAGUGCCUCCAAAUUCCAGUCCGAGCCAGUGGAGGGCCGGAAAGUCAGCAAGGUCAUCAAGACCACUGUAGUGCAUGGAGAGAGGACGGAGAAACACCUGGGGGAUGCCAGCUUGGCCUCUGAUCUUCCAUCAGCCAAAGAGGACUUUGAAGAGGCUUUGAGCUAUACAGGUCAACACAUGACAGUGCAAGUCCCUGCUUUGGUAGAGAAAGAAAUCAAGAAAGACGAUGGAUCAGUAAUUAAAAGGACAAUACUAAGUAAAGCCAGCACACAGAAGAGGACUGUGAUGAAGGACCGCUAUGGAAAACAUGUUCACAUAGAAGAGCUGGAAGACACCCCAGAAGCGCUCCCCAGGGAUGACCUCCAGCAUGACCUCCAGCAGCUUCUUAGGCACUUCUGCCAAGAGGACUGGACACAGGAGGCCAAGUGAGAAGCUGCCGCCCCUGCACAGCGCCACGUGACCCCUCCCAUACGCAGCCGUCACCGUCCCUGGGUAGCAGAGUCGUCACUGCCGCUCCUACCUGUGCAGCUGCAGUGAAUUCAUUUCUCCCCAUCCCGAGUUGCAUUUUGUGCUGUUAUGAUUUUUCACCCUGUAAGCUAAUUUGUGACCAAAGAUAGCAUCCUUCAGGCAGGAUGAUUUAUCCGCCAUGCUGGCACCCUGUCAGCGUCGCCACUUGUCCCUGUCCCUUUGCUCUGGCGCUCGCUUACUGACACGGCCCUUGCCAAGCAGACUUCAUCGACAGGCCUCUUCCACUGACUGUGUACAUGCACCGUACAAAGGAGUUGACGUGUAAACUGUAAAUAGCAGAGUAUUUGAACUCGCUAGACCACAGAAUACUCACUGCCCGUUGGCAUCGUGGGUUACGAGAUGCAGUGACCCUGCGGAAUGGUGACAGACGACGGAACGGCACCACCCGGACCACAGAUGCUGACUGACCCCGGAGGAAGCGCUGCAGAGCUACCGAGUACUAAGAGUUACUGUUUAGAGAUCUGGUCUAGGCAAAGGCUGCGCCAGUCAGGCAAAAGGCAGCUGUUCACAUGAAUCACAGCUGACUGUGGCCAUGAAUUGUGCAGACACCUUCACACAGCCACUGCAAUGUUUCCAAAAGAAAAAGAAAGAAUAACUUCCCCACUAGGUACCCAAGUUGCUAGCAGCUCUACCUGCGGCAUGUUCGCAUAUGGUAUUCAAGCCUAUAGAUCCGGACCUGUGGUGGGGUGUAUUAAACAAUCCUAACUCCGGUAGUUUCCCGUUUCCAUCACUGCUUAGCCGACCUCACCGACUGACUGGGAGUGCUUCCUGCUGGCCACUGCACUGUAGAUAACUACGGAACAAAGACUUACCCACUAUACAAGGAAAAUAAUUAAUUCACCGUGUUUUAUCGAGAUUGCCUCUUAGCCGAUACACGCAUGUGGCAUUUGAAGGUCAAAACCAAACCCUCCUAGAACCAUGUCAGCUUCUUGGCCCUCUUAGCACUGAGCGAGCAGUUUUUAUCUUCUGAUCAAAUGUUUUUUAAAGAACAAGUGCUCACAAUCCUUGGCAGCCGGUUUCUGUUCAUAUUUUGUUAUGUAACUAUAUUAUAUAUAUAUAUAUUUCUAAACCGACCCUCUGAAAACCACAUUAGCAUGUCUGCACUUUUACUUUCCACAAGGGGAACGUAGGGAUCUGAUGUUUUGGGUGUUCUAUACCUUAAUAUUUAAUGGAGGAAGCUCUGUAGGGUUUUAGCAUAACACGCAUACACACAAACACACCAACUUAAUGCUUUUAAACAGCUAUCUCAUUUUUUUAUAGUAGACUCAGCACCACAGUAAAACCAACCCUCUCUUCUAGGAGCAAUCCUUUGUCCAAGCUUAUCUGGCCUUCUACAAUUAUAGGGUUCUUUGGUUUUGGUUUUUUUUUAAUGACUCACUCAGUGCUCAGAACAAGGGCACUUCCUCAUUAAGGUAAUAAUGCCAAAAGCAUGGAAACACCUCUGGAGUUCUGGCUUCCUGUGGGCAGAACCAUGAGGUGCCGUGCUGACACUUUUUGGGCAGGCAAGAAAAGAAACUUAAAGAAAAAAGUGUUUUGGCAGCCAAAUCGAAUGAGACCCCUGAUGAAACAUCUCACAGCGCAUCGUGGCUUCCUGACUGUCCGAGACAGCACAGGAGGGUCUUCAAGGAUGGGGCUCUCAAGAAAUGCAUUUCUGUUGUGUUAUUUGCGGUGCAGAUGAUGUUCUGUGUAACAGCAUAAUGGUUAUUCACCUCUUAUUUUGAUUUUUUGCUGUGUUAUCAGAGAACUUGAAUACUGUGAGAAGAAGUGAAUUUUAAGUUGACGAAUCAGCAUCUUGUUCCCAUGGUGAUAACACUAAUUGAAUAUAUCUAUGAGGGCAUGUAUUAGUUAAAAAUUAAAAAGAUACAACACUAACAAUACAUAGCUGCAAUGUGUACAAUGGCUGAUUUAACUAAAUAAAAAUGUACAAGUGUUAAAUGUA